CAGGCUGACAGAAGGAGAAGCAGAGCGCAGAGAGGGGGAGGCUGUGGUCUUACGAGUCCCUCGCUCUGGAGUUGCAUGCAGACAGAUUUCACACAGAAAGAUUCAACAGUGUGAUCGCUGCACGACGGACGACUGAGCUGCACCUCACACUCUCAUCACCUGAGGCACUGCAACACCUCACCUGAGGAUGAAGAACUCUGACAGAGCCGAGGAUCCCUGAGAUGAUCUCAGCAGGGUCAUAUGGAAAUUGACUGAGGAGGAGCACAGAUGCUGAUGAUCCAGUCUAUGAAUGAUAAACCUGUGGAUGGACUCCGUUAGUCCGACUGGUAUAUAAGGACUCUGUGUGACUAUCUCGGUGCUGACCUUGGUGCAACACUCCCUGCCCUUGGACCACAGGCCUCUAAAGUUCAGAGCAACAAUCAAACAACCUUCCUUCCCACCAUUUUCAACCUUCUCCCUUCAGCGUUGUGCAGAACACUCUGACAAAGUCUCACAGGUGUGUUAGCCCCUAACGGGACUUUCAUAAUAAGAUCAAACGCUGAAUAUGUCCUGAAAGCUGCAAGCAGAGCAGAGAGGAGGAUUGUUUUGCUGCUGGCAUCAUUUCCAGGCAGAGAUGACACUGGAGGCAACAGUUUAAGCACAACGGACAAUGACAGGACAGAGCUUUACAUGAAAGACGCCAUUGAUGUUAGUUCACUGGUGCGAAUCACAUGCACCCCGAAGAGGGGUGGGUGUGCACUGCACAGACUUUUACCACUGGAUAACUGGAACCAGUAUCCCUAAACACCAAAAGCUGCAACAGAGAUGGAUCAAACAAAUGAACUUUACCAAGUGCGGAGACAGUGGAGUGGUCCAACAUGCUUCUAAUACCGCCAAGCUGGAGAGGACACUGCUAGAGGAAGUGGCCUCUUCCUCCUAUCAAGAUAAUGCACACGUCCUCAGUGUUGAUGUCUGCAGCCACCAUGAGCAACACGACUGUGCUCGACACCGCUGACCCAUCUGAUCUUGACAUGAACUCUUCUGAGGCAAUAUAUCCCAUCAGCUUCCAGGCUUCUCUGACAGGCUUCCUGCUGUUGGAGAUCAUUCUGGGUCUGAGCUCCAACCUCACUGUGCUGAUCCUCUACUGUAUGAAGCAGAACCUCAUCAGCUCCGUGUCCAACAUCAUCACCAUGAACCUGCAUGUGGUUGAUGUGUUGAUAUGCGUGUGCUGCAUCCCACUGACGACUGUGGUGAUUCUGAUUCCACUGGAGGUGGACACAGCCAUGAUGUGCUGCUUCCACGAAGCCUGCGUCUCCUUCACGAGUGUAGCAACCGCUGCUAAUGUCCUAGCCAUCACCGUGGACCGUUAUGACAUCUCAGUACGUCCAGCGAACCGUGUGCUUACAAUGGGCCGAGCUGUGGUUCUGCUGGGAUCCAUCUGGGCUUUAUCCUUUUUCAGUUUCCUCGUUCCAUUCAUGGAAGUGGGCUUCUUUAUCAGAUCCAGUUCAUAUCUUUUGAACCAGACUAUAGUGGUGACUGUACCUCAUACAAAUGAGUACUACACAGAGGUGGGUCUGUACUAUCACUUGCUAGCACAGAUUCCUAUAUUCUUUUUCACAGCUGUUGUAAUGCUGGUGACUUACUACAAGAUUCUUCAGGCUCUUAACAUUCGCAUUGGAACACGGUUUCAGAACAACUUACCUAAAAAGAAGCAAAAGAGCAAAAACACCAUCUCUCUUAGCACUGCAACACAAGCAGAGUCAACGGAGGUUUCACAGAGCAGUACAGGUGUCAGGGCAGGUGGAAAUGCACCUUUGGGCAUGCGGGCAUCAGUGUCUGUGAUUAUUGCACUAAGACGAGCCGUGAAGCGUCAUCGAGAGAGAAGAGAGAGGCAGAAACGAGUCUUCAGAAUGUCUCUUCUCAUCAUUUCCACGUUCUUAUUUUGUUGGACUCCAAUAACUGUACUCAACACCAUCAUCCUCAGUACUGGACCCAGCGAUCUGGCUGAUCGCCUCCGCCUGGGUUUCUUGGUAAUGGCCUAUGGAACCACCAUCUUUCACCCACUCCUCUACGCCUUCACCCGGCAGAAGUUCCAAAAGGUUUUGAAGAGCAAGAUGAAGAAGAGGGUGGUGUCUGUUGUUGAAGCUGACCCUACACCAAACAAUGUGGUCAUACAUAACUCAUGGAUCGACCCCAGGAGAAACAAGAAGGUCACCUUUGAGGACACAGAAGCCAGACAAAAAUGUCUAUGUUCACAGGACGCAGAGUAAUGGGGCUAGCUCAAAU